AUGGUUGUGAAGAUGGAACAGCGUAGUCAGAGAAAGUUAAUCUAUUUGUUUAUCACAGUGAUCGGCAAUCGUAACGGAAACACGCAGUUGUUGGGUUCGUUGCUCGUUGUUUAUUAUGGAAAGCCGUUUUCUCUUCUGUCGCUCUUUAAGGACUGUUGCAAUUGUUUCGUUUCAGUAGUUACGUUUUUCAGUUCUUUGCCAGCAGUGUGCAAAGGGUAAUUCACCGUGAAAGGAGCUACUAGAAAUGGCAUUGAUCCGUUUGCCGGUCGUUUCAAGUAGUUUUAAGAAAAAUUUAGGUCAAGGAGGAUUGGUAGCAGGCAACACUUUAGUCACGGUUGUCGCGCAACUACCAACGUUCGAUAUAAUAAUAGUUAGAAAAAUACAAGAGAUUUUUUUUUUUUUUGUUAAACAAUUUAAACAGUUAAACGGAAUAGAAAUAUUGGCUGACAGGUUAUUCACAAAUUUUACACAGACACAGUAGGUGUUCCGCCGUAAAAUAAACCUAAAUUUGAGUUCCAAAGAGGAGCCCUCUUUAGGUGUAACGUGCGAGCCAGUGCGACUGGGCCACACCGUAGACAGAAAAAUUUAACGUGUUUCGGAUAUCGAAAAACAAUGGAGUGCGAAGAAGCUCGAAUAUAUAAAUAGGAAAAAACAUAUAUAUAUUGUAUUUUUGUUCCUAACUUUCCAGCUUUCCAGGUUUCAGAAGAGUGUGAGAUAAAAAUUUUGACUGAAAAGACUUGAAAUACAUCACAAAACACGGACAAGUCGAUUGCAGUGAAUGUACCUGUAAUUUGCAGAUGCUUCUCCCAUGAACUGGAUCUGUCGGGAAUGCAAGUAGACGUCGCCUUGAGGAAGUUCCAGGCGUACUUCCGGAUGCCAGGCGAAGCACAGAAGAUAGAACGACUGAUGGAGGUGUUCAGCCAGCGUUAUUGCCACUGCAACCCCGACGUGGUGUCCAGGCUACGCUCGGCGGACACCGUCUUUGUACUGGCGUUCGCGAUAAUCAUGCUGAACACCGACCUGCACACGCCGAACCUGAAACCAGAGCGUAGAAUGAGGCUGGACGACUUUGUCAAGAAUCUCAGAGGCAUAGACGACUGCGGCGACAUCGACAGAGACAUACUGGUUGGAAUUUACGAGAGGGUGAAGGAGAAUGAGUUCAAACCUGGCUCGGACCACGUUUCUCAAGUGAUGAAGGUUCAGGCGACGAUCGUCGGCAAGAAGCCUAACAUGGCCCUGCCUCAUAGAAGAUUAGUUUGCUAUUGCAGACUGUACGAGAUCCCGGACAUCCACAAGAAGGAGAGGCCGGGUGUACACCAACGAGAAGUAUUCCUCUUCAACGAUCUCCUCGUCGUGACCAAGAUUCUCAGCAAAAAGAAGAACAGCGUUACUUACACGUUCAGACAGAGCUUCCCGUUGUGCGGAAUGGUGGUCACGCUGUUUGAAGUUCCUCAUUAUCCGUAUGGAAUUAGACUCUCCCAGCGCGUGGAUGGAAAGGUGUUGGUCACGUUCAACGCGAGGAACGCGCACGACAGGUGCAAGUUCGUGGAGGAUCUCCGAGAGUCCAUCAGCGAAAUGGACGAGAUGGAAACCUUACGGAUUGAGACGGAACUGGAACGGCAGAAGAGCAGCAGAAGCGCUAGAGGUGGCGCUGAAAAUAGAGACUCUGGAGUGGCAGACGUCGAGAUAUGCCCUUGCCCGGGGCCCUGCUCCGAGAGAUCAGAAACUACUGACAUGGACACCCAAUUAAAGCGUUCUGCACUUAGUAAUUCCCUUCUGGACAUACACGAACAAUUUGCUGGUGAAAAACCGCAACGACGUGGAAGCGUGGGCUCACUCGAUAGCGGUAUGUCGAUUUCUUUUCAAUCCACAUCUGCCAGCUCAAUGAGCCAAGGCAUUAAACACCCUGGACAAGUUCAUCCUAUACAUCCAGGGGCUACGAUCCCUGGCGGUGCUAAAGGACUGGCUCAGCAGCCAUCUUUUUUAGGAGGUCUGUUCGCCAAACGGGAACGAAAGCUUUCGCAAUCGGAGGAGUCCGGCCCGUACAGUCGCACCACGGAAGUGUAA